ACCUAUGAAUUCAGGCGGUUGGAUCAAAACCCAAACCCAGGGCCGUCUUAUGGACCGUCCGAUAAGCAAAAAAAAAAAACCCACGAUAGCAAAUCAAUCGGAUCGAUAUUAAGCCCAAAAUUCAAAAUGCAGUGAGAGAGAGGGAGGAAAGCAAAGGCGAAGAAACAACAGACUCAGAAGAACGAAAGGCAAAAAACCAAAUCAAAACCCAAAUCUCAGUCCCUUUUUUGUACUCUCCCUGCGUCCCUCCCUUCCUUCCUGCGUCUCUACUCCAAUCUCUCCCUCUCUCUCGCGCCGCGGGGCGGGACCGCGGCUUCUUCUCUUUCCGCGCCGGCGGCCGCCACUCUUUGUUUGUGGAUCAAUUCCCGUGCUCUGCGCUUUCUUUCUCUGGAAUUUGGCAUUCCGGCGGAAGGGAAAGCCAGCCGUUGUUGAGCUGAUUGGCGAUUUUCCGGGGGGGCGGGGAGCUUGGGGAUCUGGGAGUUGCGGAAUUCGGGUCGGGUUUUGUUAGAAAUUUUAGGGGCGGAGAGAAGCGCGCGCGGGAUUUCGCGUUCUUAUUUUUGCUUCCCUGAGUGUUGGUGUGAAUUCGAGGGGUAAUUUUUGAAUUUUUUUUUUUUAGGUGUUUGGGAGGAUGGGGGAGGGUGAGGGGAGCGAAUUCCCUCCAAAAAAGGCUCCGCCGCUUGCUAGGCAGCUCGAUUUCACUCAGGGCAGCGGCGGCGGGGUGGUUCUUCCUGACCAUCCGCAAUCGGCAACGCCGCAGCAACAGCAGAAGCCGCCGGUUGCUGCGGCUGCUGGUGCUGCUGUUGCUGGUCCGCCUCCGCCUCAGAAGCCGACGACGGUGGCGGCGGCUGUGCAGCCGAUUGCGAAACCGCCGGUUCCUAUGGCUGUUACUCAGAGCCAGCAGCCGCAUCUCGUUGCUGCGGCGGCGACCACCCCUGCUGUGCCUCAGCCGCCAACUCAGCAGCAGCAGCAGCAACAGGGUGUUCCAGCUGCGAAGGCUGUAAAACCUGAUUCCCCAAAAUCAAGAGCAAGACCAGCUGCAGAGAAAGAUGGUACACCAAAGAAGCAGAAACAGUGUAACUGUAAGCACUCACGGUGCUUGAAGCUGUACUGUGAGUGCUUUGCUUCUGGAACAUAUUGUGAUGGGUGCAAUUGUGUAAACUGCUGUAACAAUGUCGAAAAUGAAGCUGCCAGGCGAGAAGCAGUUGAAACAACUUUGGAGCGUAACCCAAAUGCAUUUAGGCCAAAAAUUGCUAGCAGCCCACGUACAGCACAAGAUAUCCGGGAGGAAAACGGAGAAUUAGUAGUGUUGGGAAAGCACAACAAGGGAUGCCAUUGCAAAAAGUCGGGAUGCCUCAAGAAGUACUGUGAAUGCUUCCAGGCAAACAUCCUCUGUUCUGAAAAUUGCAAGUGCAUGGACUGCAAGAAUUUCGAAGGAAGUGAGGAACGUCAGGCUCUCUUUCACAGCGACAAUGCCAACAACAUUAACAUGCAGCAGGCAAAUGCUGCUAUAACAGGAGCAAUUGGUGCAUCUGGAUUCGGAUCUGGGUUUACAUCUCUUCCAUUGUCUAAAAAGAGAAAAGGUCAGGAAUUAUUUUUUGGCCAAACAGGCAGGGAGCCGUCCUUUCACAGGCCAGGACAUACUCAGCAGGGUAACCAGAUCCGGGCUCCUGCACCCUCUUCAAACCAUGUAGUUCGUGGUGGCAUCACAGCUGCGCAUACCCCUUCCAAAGUCACAUACAGGUCCCUGUUAGCCGACAUUAUCCAACCCCAGGAUAUUAAAGCACUUUGUUCUGUAUUGGUGGUUUUAUCUGGAGAAGCUGCUAAAAGCAUUGCAGAGCAAAUAAGCGAGCAAGAAAAGCAGGUGCAAGGCCAGGUUGAAGCUUCUCUUGCAGCAUCAAGUCAAGAAAAGCAGAACCCGAGAGAAACAGAUGCCGAGAAAAGCGUUGCUGAUGAUGGUUACCCCAGUGCUCAUCCGGUUGAUAAUUCAGGUCCUGAUAAUGGUUCCAUGUCAGACGGCGGGGAUGCUUCGAAGUCGAGGCCAAUGUCACCCGGAACUUUAGCUCUAAUGUGUGAUGAGCAAGACACUAUGUUCAUGGCAGCUUCAUCACCCAAUGGCUUGACUGGCCAUGGUGGGAUCACAGCAUUGCAGUUGCCUGACAAUGGACAAGAAAUAGUGUGUUCAUCAAUAGCUAGAUCGGAGUCCAUGGAUCCGAGAUACAUGCUCAGCAAUGGCACAACGACGAUGGCGACUAAUCAAGCUGUGGCAGGAGGUAUUCAACACAGCGGUACUGGUGGGCCCUUCAGCAAUGGGGUAGCGCAAAAUGUCAUCGCCCCACAGACAGCAGCCAGAGCACCUCAAUCGGUUACUUCUACGAUCGCCACAUCAGUCGAUCUUCCGAAGAGUACUACACCUCUACAAAACACUGAUGGAAAGCCAAAAAAACUUCCCGUCGUCCAGCAGAAGCAGCAGCAGCCACAGUACCGGCCAGCGGCGGAGCAAAGAAGUGAAGCGGAAAAAAUGGCGUACGUCGACCACGCGUUCUCGAUCACCGACGACGAUCUAAUGAUGGACGGAUCGUACACCGCCACCAACCGUCCUCCCAUCAAGGAGAUCGGACUCGCCGUCUCCCUCCUCGUCUUCGGCGUCAUCGGUAUCGUCGUCGGCUUCUUCAUGACCUCCAACAGAGUCGGCGGCGACAGAGCUCAUGGGUUGUUCUUCGUGAUACUGGGGGUGGUUCUGUUCAUACCGGGAUUCUAUUACACCAGGAUUGCUUAUUACGCGUACAAAGGGUAUAAAGGCUUCUCCUUUUCCAACAUCCCUCCUGUUUGAGUUGACAGCAGCUGGAGCUUGAGCUGAGUAGCCUGGAUCCACCCUGCUAAAGACCACAGAUGUGUUGCAGUUGAGCUUAAGAUGGGUUUCUUCUACUUGUUGCAAUAUAUAUAGUUGUUGAUCAUGGAUCGGUAGCACAUAACUUGGGAUUUGGUUGCUGCAUUUGGGUCACCUACGAUCAUCGUCUCCUUCAGUCUUCCUCUUUUUGUUUGGGGCAGUUUCUUUCUUUGAUUGCUGUGAUGUGGGGCAAGUCUUCCGUUAUAGAGUUUGAGUACGUUUUCAUGUGUCUGAAUUGUUAGUAUGUAAAGAAACAAUUUCCAUUCCAUCCAGCCUGUACUUUCGACGGUUCAGUGAUGAUGCAAGCAGCGAGCUUCUACGAAGGAGAUUACGCAACUUGGUCUCACGUGGUACGCGAAUUGGGGGCGACGGUGCUAUAGCUGUCUGUCGACGGCCAGCAUCCUCGAAUCCACCAUUGCCAACCGAGGUGGGAUGAUGCGGUUCUCCAUCUCCGCUAAAUCUUUUCCCACCCGAAUGGUGUUCUGAAUCACUCGUGGACAAGUUUCGGUCAAGAUCCUGGUUGUUCCCUGUUCUCCAUCUCCAUCUUGUGAUUAGGAUGAUCUUGGUAUCCAUUGUAAACUCCAUAUUCGUUGAUGUCAAUGGCAUCCACCCUCAUUCCAAGUAUUUCCUACCAAGGUAAAAUCGAACCAUUUUCCCAUGGGGUGUGAUCGGAUCUUGCGUGCCUGCGCUUUAUGGAUUGGGUUCUUUAGAACACCGAUGUCGUCGAGAUUCAAGUCAUAUCCUCUGCCGCCCCAAACCCUCUGUUUCGCAGCAGUAGCACUAGCAACAGAUCCUUCAUGGGGUUUUACUCCGUUCGCACAGCUAUUCUGGAU